AUUUAGGCAUCAGUCGCUAUUGAGUUUCUCAUCUAAAAGAAGCAAUCCAGAUAUUACUCAAAAUGAAACUAAUCUUUGUUGCCGUCUGUGUCGCCGCGCUCGUGGCCGUUUCGCUGGCCGCGCCCGCGGACGCGCCGGUGCCUCAGAUUAUUAGCGCAGAAUUCGACCAGAAACCUGAGGGUGGAUAUGUUUACAGUUACGAAACACAAGACGGCAUCAAAAAGAACGAGCAAGGCGAGGUUAAAACCGUGAACGACGAGGACAACAAGCCUCAACAAGUUGUGGUCGUGCGCGGCACGUACAGCUACGCCGACAACGAUGGCCAGCUGCACAACGUGAACUACGUUGCUGAUGAGAACGGCUUCCAGCCGGAAAGCGCAGACAUCCCCGUGCAGGCCUAAGCUUACAACGGACAGACCUGAGGAACUGCAACCAUCUCGCGGACCUUUAGCUAUCUA